AUGUUAACAAAUAAUGGAUCUAAUAUUAAAGCAGCUUUUCGUCAUCAUCUUUCUCAUAUAAUUAACAUCCCAUGUGUUGCGCAUACAUUUCAACUAAGUAUUAAACAGGGUAUUAUCGCUGCUAAUUCUUUAAUUAAGAAGGCAAAAGCAUUAAUAGAUUUUUUUGAAUUUAAUAAACAAUUAGAAUGCUUAAAAGAAGCACAACAAUCAUUACAUAGAGAUACAAUAUAUGAGAUAAUACACGAUCUUCAAUCUAAAAUUUUAAAUGACAAUGAAUGGAAAAUGCUUUACAAUUUAAUCCAUUUAUUGUAUGAAUUUGAACAAGCUACAGCUCUUCUUGGUGGUUCAAAUUAUCGCAAUUUACAACAAGAGAAUGACAUUCUUAUUGAAAAUAAUUUUAAUGAGUUCAUUAUACAACAAAAAUCAAAACCAAAUAUGGCCUCAUUUUUUAAAUCUUCAAUGACUCAAGAUCCUGUUAUUAUUUCUGAGUUUGAUAAUUAUUUGUUUAUUCCUGAAGUUUAUACUAACCUUGAAGAAUUUGAUUCUAUAACCUGA